AUGCCUUUGAAAAUAUCCAAAUUGUUCAAGGAAAGGGGACCCCCUCGGGAGUCGUUCCAAGGUUCGUUCGACGCUUCCAAGCUGUACCCUAUACCUGUCAACGUGGCCCAGCAGCUCCAAAGUGGAGGGCCGUACAGCUUUGAGAACACUUUUUCUCUCGCACGCGGAGAGUUCGACGUGCCCGCUCAGCAGUCGACCUGGGCUUCCGGCGCCAGACAUGUGCGCGCUCACGCACACCCAGGUACUCCUUUACCACUCGUCUCUUCCGACAGAUCGUCGCGCAAGACUCCGCCGCUGACGUACGACGAGCUGGCACUUCACAACGUCCCGUUCCGUCCGCACGCUGGCUCAGAAAUCGGUGUUGCUACCACGACUCGAUCGGCAAGAGAUCCGAAGCGAGCCUCGAGUCGCUUUGCUGGCUUCAAGAAUGUCCUCAGGGAUAAGGUACAGGGCCUGUCAAGCGCUGGCAAGUCGUCGAGGGGUCAGAGCCUCGAUUUGGAGCAGAAAGGCGGUACUACAACCUUUCUUCAAGCCGACACCUCGACUCGAGAGUGUUCCACUCAACAUGGCAUCCGUCCCGCAACUGCACCGACACCAUAUUCCCCCCCGCAGCAGGCCCCACACCCACAAAGCUCGCCAGGACCAGCGUUGCCGCGACCCCCUGCACCCAUCGAUGAGACGGACGCAACUGCGCAGGCUACCCUGACAGGCUCCCCGCUUUCUGCGGCGUUCCGCCAAGCACCUCAUGAUGGUCAAGUGCUAACUCGUGCUAAGCCGGAGAGUCGAGAUCAACGAUCUCCCGAAAGAACGGAUGAAUUUCAGACUGCACACCCACGCUUCUCGCCUCCGCAGCAGUCUACCGCGCCAAAGGGACUAGCCCCCGGACGUCGGGAAACAACGCACGCCCACCCUUUCACGUAUCCUCCAACUCCUCCGCCGGGUCACGCGAAUCCGAGUAGUUUGCAACGGGCAGCACAGUACAUGGAACCAUCCACUAUGACUCAAGAGGUGACGAAUGCUGCCCAUCCCUUCAGCGCCCAUGCUUUAGCAUACGCAACAGACAAAUCGGGCGCUGAAAGAUGGGAGGACGUUGCACAGUGCGCUGGUCCGACGCGCCCACAACGCUUUGCACCCAGCACCAGUACAGCGCUUCAGCCAGGUCAAAUCACCACUUGGCAAGAUGGUGCUGCGGGCGGGUCUGACGCUCCUCCGCGUGCUCCUCGUCUACCACCCGCAGGCGUUGAUCCUACUUGGGACGCCAUUAAGCGCAAAGCGGAGACGAAAUUUGAAGAGUGGAUGCAGGUGAGUCCAGACUGAUUCACUCGGCUCCUAGUCUAGCAGCUAGACUCACUCUAAGGCGGAGGGUAGCGAUCCCCCGAGCUGUUGCCCGAUCCUAAUCGCUCCCCAACCUCGUCAGGUCACAGUCCGGUUCCGAGCUUCUACCAAGCUCACAUGGGCCUGCAUAAUCCUCCUUUGGCACUCGUGACGGAUCAAAUUCUGCCUUCAGGCUUGCCGACUUACAACCUUAGCGGCCCGCCGAUAUGGUCAGCGAAUUGGCUACCAAGCCCCCGCGCGCGAGAAUCUGAAGGCAAGCACGAUCGCCAGGAGGAGGGUUCCUCCGGCAUUCCGCGCAUUUCUAGCUCUCAGCGGGUCCCCUCUCGAGACAAAGGUGAGGCAGAGCACGCUGCAGUCAUGCGCUCAGUGCUUCAAUCCUCUGGUCUGGAAACCUCAAGCAAGAUCCUCUCUGCAUUUCGCCCCAAGCACGUUCUCAAGUGUACUGCAGAGGAAGGAGGUCAACGCUCUUCCAUGGGAAGCCCGAGCAAGGGUGAAAGCGCAGAUACGGAUGUGCUGUACCAGCAUCUCAAUCGGGUGCUGGACCCGGAGGAGAUGCGACUGGCUUUUGCGCCCUAUGCAAGACAGUUGGCGCGGGACGAUAUGCCGAUGGAGAAGAAGUAUGCUCCGCUCAGACGCAAUGUUGACGAUCCCAAAAGAUCCAGUCGAAGCCAGUCGAUGGAUCCGGAUGCUAAAUGGGAGCGUCUCGAAAACCUGUUCGGCAAUCCUGAACCACCCAAAGCACCGCGCGCACUUCAGUCUGCCGUUUCUCAUGACCUUAUCGACCUCAGGUCGAUCGGCUCGCAGGGGCUCUCUGGUCCUCACUCGCGAUCUAGCAGUGCACAGUCGAAGAGUAUGGUCAAUGCUGCAAGCCUCCGACAGGAACUACAGCGUCUGGCAGAUCUGCAGACAGCGCCUCGCGCCAAACCGUCCACUAUCAUGCAGCGCGAACAUAAAAGCGAGGUAGUGCAGAUGUCCGCAGAUCAAGCUGUUGUGCGUCACGAGCAGGAUCCCAUACCUACAGAGUACUCUUUCCCUCAAUUGCUAUCAGGAGUGAUCAAAGAAGAACAGUCUGAAUCGCGGGCUUUGGGUCUCUCCACUCCGGCGGGCUUCGCGACUGAGCAGCGAGGCGAUGCGGAGUUUCAAGGCGCAAAGAAAAUAUUCGGUGGGUCAGACGACUCAAAAGGUAAACGACGUGAGACCGAGCCACCCUCUGUCUUGGCGCCAGCACCAACAUCGAACGAACACCAGCAACUCGAGGCUGACGAACGAUGGCAGUCGCUCGCGCCGACCGGCCCACGUGGGGUCAUGCUCGAGACGGUCGCAGAGGUCACCGAAUGGAGCGCAAGCAACGGAGGAUCCGAUCGCGACAAUUUGAAAUAUCAAUUUCAGACCGAGCGGCGACCUUCGUUGCCCAGUCUGAAACCUCGCCAGCGUACUUUGCGCCACACGGACACCAAGACUAGGGCCGAAUCUGAAGGGUCCGGCAGCCUAGGUCUCGUAGAGACCCAUCGAAUCUGGCCCCAGCUCGCCUUGCUAGAUGCCAGAGGUACUGCUGAUGAUAUCCUCGAAGGCGAUCUUUCGUUUGAGACGGACAUUGAGAUUUCCGAAUCCUAUCCCGUGGACGAGCCCUCACCCCUGCGCGGCGGUCGUUCUCAGCUCACUCUGAUACGACCCGCCGAUGCGAGUAUGCUGACGCCCACGCGAACCCCGAGGCGAACGGCAGCCCGAGGUCAGUGGGUCGCAGAGGUGGAAGAGCCUCCGACACAGCUCGCCAAAGAGUCUACAAACACGCCGAAGAAGGAAUCUGUGGCGAGUCAGAGGAUCGAAGAAUGGAGAAAAGUGGUGCCGGUAUCAGAAGUAGAGCCUGCCGUGAUGAUUCCUCUAAAGCCUGCAACACCACCCCAGUCUCCCUUUUCCAAAGCCAGCAAGCCUGCUGUUGGUGCAUCGAAAAGAGUCUCGAAUGACAGUUCUGCGCUCACGAGCUUCAGUCGCUCGCCACUUGCUCGACUUGCAGAAGCAACCGCGAAUGAUGGCGGCAAUCGACGAAGCUCUGGUCGAUCGAUGGAGGAGGGCGAAGAGCAAUUUCACUCGCCUGUGCAGGUUGUUCUGCAACAUCACACGGUCGACGUCUCGCAAGGCGAUCCAGGAACGGAUGAUCAGGUCUUCGUGCAGGGCACGCCGUCUAGUGCACUGGAGCAUGGGCCUAGCUUGCCAUUUACGGGCACAAGCCACCUUAUACAUAUCGACGAUGCAACUGCUGAGCUACUGUUCAACACUGAGUCAGUCGAGCAGCUAUCGCAUUGCGCUACGAGCCUUCACUGACCUGCUCAAGGGCUCAUGACCGCAGGGCGCGCGAGACCCGGCCCGAAAUCGUUGAUAAAGACGCGAAUCGAGCACCGCAGGCUUUGCCGAUUGUCGACGUUGUCGACCAGAAGGUCAAGGAGCGCGAGCGCAUCGCUGAUGCAGCGGCUGACGAAGGCGGUUCGAAGCUUGGCAAGGAAGUGCCUGGUGGUGCCCAAAGGGAUGAGGACUUGCAAACCACAGUGACUCGCUCAGGUCUCGCAGGGUCAGAAGCUUUGACGAGCAAGGAAAAACUUGUCUUCGAUCUCUUGUCUCGGGAGCAUAUUGAGGGCAAGGUGAGUCGGCUUGAAGAGGAAUUGCGUCUACAGGCACAUCUGAUGCCUGCAAUGACUUGGCGGUGCAAAUAGCCUGCAGUCGAGGUACUACUCUCGUGUUAUCCGCGCGAAACACGCGCAUUCUUGCGCAAGAACCCCAGGCUAUUGCUGCUCUUGACCCUGCGAUCACAAAUGGCAAGCCAAAACUUCAAGACCUUCUUGCCGUCGAUCGAUACAGCGCUUGGUGAUGGGGACAAGCUGCUAGAGCCCGCUCUGGAAAAGAUCCUGGAAUAUGUCACGGUAAGUGGGUGGGCUGGGUUCCACACACAAUUGGGUGUCAAACUUGAACGCGGGCUCGACAAGUCGCGAAGAUUGCGGACUGCUGUGCCCGCGAACUCAGCCAUCUUACACCUCACAUUGCAGAAAGCUGGAGAAAUCACUAGCUUGCAACGCUCUUUACUCCAACUACAUCAAGAUCUCGUCAAGGUGCGUGCGAUGUACGCGGGCGAAUCUCACACCGCUCGUUUCACGCGUUGACCAUCUGGCUUGAGGCAGAUGGUGUCAAACGAAUCGGCCACGCUUGAUUCUAGGGUGACCGCAGUGAGUGGAGAUCUCCCAAUCCAGGUUGAUCGUCACCGCGCUAAAUGCCUCGUCGGAUACCCGCCAACGCAGCUCGAGCAAGCGAUCUACAAUCCAUACUCGCCUGGAAAGGCGUCCUUCUCCACCAAACACGAGUCUAGCACCGCGACGCUCCGUCCACCUAGACUUUGA